CUCGAAAGUCAUCGUCGAGCCGCGCCUGCCUAGAGCACACGUCCUAGUCGCUCCGACAUCUCGUGACGCUGUCGACGCACCGCUCCGCUGCUUCUGCACAGCUGUGCCGAGCGACAAGCGCAACAGAGACACCGGUCGCCUUUCCACAAGACACGCCAGCGCUCGAUGUCCGCCAUGGCGACCAUAAAAAUUAACGUGAAGUGGGGCAAGGAGAACGUGCCCUGCGAGAUCAAGCCCAAUCAAACGCCAGAUGAAUUAUUUAACGACCUCCAAUCAAAAACGGGCGUCCCGGUCGCGCGCCAGAAGCUCAUGGCCCGCGGGGCCUGGCGCGGCGUUUUGAAGAGUGGCAUGGCCAUGGAUUUGAAGGACGGCCAGAACGUGACGCUCAUGGGCACGGCCGACGUCUUACUCAAGCCCAAGGUCGAGACGAAGUUUUUGGAGGACAUGAAGGUACGGAGUCCGCGUCUUCCAUGGGGCCUUGACGCCAUCGGCGCGCGUCUUCUUCAUGAGACGAGGUCGUGGGUGUUUUUUUUCCCAAUUUUGAGCUGUUUCGAACCGCGUCGGGCCGACGCGCCCCGCGAGAGAGGCCGUGGUCGCGUCGAUGGCGUCGACGCGAUGCCACGCCGUCGACGCGCCGCGUCUCACAACAGUGUCUCGGUUCCGCGCAGGAGGAGGACCAAGCUAAAAGUGGAUUAGUCCUACCGGCGGGCUUCGCCAAUUUGGGGAACACGUGCUACAUGAACUCGACCUUACAAUGUUUAAGAGCGGUCCCUGAGCUCCGCGAUUCCCUCAAACAGACGCAAUCUCAAGAUUUGGCCGGUGCCCUCAACUCGACCUACGCGCAGCUAGAUGCCUCGACGAAGCCCGUCGAGCCGGCGACGUUCGUUGCCACCCUGAGAAGUGCCUUCCCGCAGUUCGCGCAGCGGGGCCGAGGGGGAGGCUUCGCGCAGCAGGAUGCGGAGGAGUUGUACUCGUCGUUGUUAGCUACCUUAGCGUCUUCAUUAAAGGACGGCGAUUCCAAUAUUGUGGAUAAGCUCUUUGGCUUGGAGUUGGAAGAACGUCUUAGUUGCCCGGAAUGCACGGAGGAGCCCGAAGUGGUGCGCAAGGACACGGCGCGCAAGCUCGUGUGCAACAUUCAAGGAGGCACCGUGGGAGAAAAUGUGUCGCACUUGUUCGAGGGUUUGAAAUUAGGACUCGUCGGCUCUUUAGAAAAGCGCUCCCAGAUCCUGGGCAGGGACGCGGUCUGGACGAAGACUUCAUCAGUAGCCAAGCUCUCGCCGUACUUAUGUGUGCAGUACAUGCGCUUCUUCUGGAAGGCGACGCCCGACAGCGCCGACCACACGGGCGUCAAGUGCAAGAUCAUGCGUCCUGUGUCCUUCACGGACACGUUGGACGUGUUCCCCUACUGCAACGCGGACCUCCAAAAAGCGAUCAAGGCGAACCGCGACAAAUUCGGCGAGCGCGUCGACAUCAAGAAGACUGAGGACGAGCCCGAGGAAAAAAAGGCGAAGAUGGACGUCGAGGAGCCCGAUGAAGAUUUAGCUGCCGCUCUCGCGUUGUCCAUGGAGGACGAUAGUGCCGUGAAGAACCGGGAAUUACUAGAAUCGUGCGGCCUCGACAAGGACUUCCAGGGCCACUACGAGCUCUUUGCUAUUGUCACACACAAAGGAAGGUCGGCGGACGGCGGCCACUACAUGGGCUGGGUCAAAAGGGAAGAUGGGUCGUGGCUCGUUUUUGACGACGACCUCGUCUCGGAGUCGUCCUGGGAGUUCGUCCAGGGCCUGAAGGGUGGUGGGGAUGAGCACAUGUCAUACCUCCAGUUCUACCGCGCGAAGAAGGGGGGCAUCUAGGGGGUCCGCGCUAAAGUGUGGGUUCCCCA